AUGACUGCUGUGGCAUCUCCACCUAGUGUACAAUCGGGGUCUCGCUUGGGAUGGUACAGUUCUGGUAACGGAGGUCAAGGAGCCCUGUCUUCAGUGAACGCGGACGACGUCUCACGAAUGUUUAUGCCACGGAAGCACGUUCAGCGAUCGAACUCCUCUUCCUCACUAGGGUCCAACUCGUCGGCCACCUCCACCACCACCAUAACCGCUCCUCCACAGGAAACGCAUAACACGCAAAAUCCCGGCGCCGAAUCAGGAACCUGGUCAUCAAAAAAGAAGUCAGCAAAAAAUCCCUGGCCGAGCUCCAAGUCCGAGCCGGUAUCAGGGGUAACGAACGCGCGAUCUCAGGCAGUGCCUGCCUUUUCAUCGGGACCCAGCGCAUCCUCGACAAUGUCCGCGAUGCAUCAGCCUUCGAACAUCGUUCCAUCCCAACAUAUGCCUCUCUCGCAGCAAAAUGGCGUCCGUGCGCCCAACGGACAAUCCUCCGAGUCACCCGCCAUCCUGAUACUUGUCCCCAUGAAUGGAACCUUCGAUAGGAAGCAAAUCAACGUGCCCUAUUUCCCCGAGGUUCUGCGGAUCGGACGCCAAACCAACACCAAAACAGUACCCACGCCCCUAAAUGGGUUCUUCGACUCCAAAGUGCUCUCUCGACAGCACGCCGAACUAUGGGCUGAUAAGACCGGUAAAAUCUGGAUCCGCGACGUCAAAUCUUCGAACGGUACCUUUGUGAAUGGCCAAAGACUUUCCCCCGAGAACCGAGAAUCAGACCCACACGAGGUUCGCGAAAGUGAUACCCUGGAACUUGGUAUUGAUAUCGUCAGCGAGGACCAGAACACCAUUGUCCACCACAAAGUCUCUGCCAAGGUUGAGCAUGCCGGCUUCUAUGGCUCCACGCCCAGCAUACUUGACCUGAACUUCGGUGACUUAGACCCUGCCUCCGGAGGCGGUCUUCUACCUUCUCCCCUGAGCCAACCUCUCUCUCAUAUGCGAGGCCGAGCCGGCAGCAACGCCAGCACCCGAAGCGCCCAGAGCGCGGCCAGCACCCAAGCCAAUGCUUUACACCAACAACGCCAAAUGAACUACUGGAACUCGCCCAUCUCCAUUGAACAGGUCGUUAAGCGGCUUACGGGCGAGUUGAAAGCUGCGAAGCAACAAACGACAGACCUCACCCAGACUGACGAUUUCCUAACAACAAUCAUGAAACCUGGUUAUGCAGAGAAGGAAAAGAUGAUCAAACCAUCUCCGUUGGAAAGCAGUGCUGCCCAUCGGCAAUUAAAUGGACGACCCAAAAUGCCGCGCGUCGACUCUUUCUCGAGGUUCUCGGAACCCCCCGCUCCUCCUCCCCAGCAACCUUUACCAGAGAAGCCUGACGCGCUCUCUCGAAGUGGGUCCGAUUCGUUCUCGUCUUUGAAACGCAGUGAUACGGAGAAGCCCAAGGGCGGAACUGGUUCCCCUGUAUCACGCGACUCCAGUCAGAUCCUAUCUCUCAUCGAAGCACUCUCUUCCGCUAAACGGGAGAUUGACACCCAAGGAACUCGGGUCAAGGAACUUGAGCAUAUGCUUUUGGAAGAGCAGGCAGCCCGGAAAGUGGCUGAAGAGAGGAUCAAUGAGUUGGAGACACGCCCCGCAGUCGAGAGCAGAGAAACCGCCACGGAUGGCAUUGCCUUACCAGAGAAUGGCGUUGACGACGGAGAGAAACGGGAGGUGGAAGAUGCCGUGCAGGUCAACGGCGUUCACCCCGAAGAAGCUCCCACUCCCGCAGAACCACAGCCAGAAGAUCCUGUGGAGGACAAGACUGCUGAGCUUCAAGCUCGUUUGGAAGCCAUGAUGGAAGAAAUGGCAGAGAUGAGAAAACAAAUGGCAUCUUUCAAGGACCGUGCAGAGCAAGCCGAAGAUAACAGCACCCAGGCUCGUAAAUCUUUGGCAGAGAUGGUUGAAACUUUACGCAAGGAACGAGCUGAGAAGGAGGCAGCGGCUGCAUCUGCCAGCAAGAAGGCCGCCCAUGAACAUGCAACAACUCAGGCCACCCCGGCCCCGCAAAAGCCUUCGACUCCAAGCGAGAAUGUGACGGGAUCGAAGACAACAUCCUCGUCUGACCAAUCGUCGGACUCGGUCGACUCGCGAGACAAAGAGAUCGAUGCUGCUGUUGCCAACGCGCUCGCGAUCCAACAGCAACGACUCAAGUACGCAGAAGAAGCAAGCCCCUAUGCCUCCAUCUUCGGCGUGGUGCUACUAGGCGUGGGCCUAAUGGCCUACCUCAACGGUUGGCAAAAGCUGGACAAAUAA